AUGCGAUUUCACGCCGCUUCCAGCACCGCCGAGACCAUCGGCGAGCGAUAUCACGAUAUCCUCAGUUCUCCUACGCUCGCAGGGCUCCGGCACAUUCGCAACAUCGUUCAUGAAGCUGUGGUGCUUGAGGAUGUUAUCAAAAAGUACGUGGAUGAUCGAAGAACUCGCAUCGAAAAGCGGUAUCACGAGAGAAAGCGAGGCCGCCGCGCAAAGACUGUCUCUGACCUUAUUCCUACAGUAUCGCUGCAAGAUCUGCGAGAUCAACAAGAGGAGGCUAUCGCCGACGAUAAGAAGAAGCAACAUAAGCAGGGUAUACGAUUCACACGAUCUGUCAUCAUCAAGGAGAUGAACCGCCUCAAGGAUGAGUGGCGAGAGAAUAAAGAAGUUAUCGUCAACGGCAUACCAAAGAGGCUGCAGUUCAAGCAGUGGUUGGAGCACACAGGGAAGCAAUAUGACUAUUUAUCUAUGGAUACACAGCGUUCACAAAUGACUCAAGCACUGAAAGAAGAGACUGACGGCUAUAUGAUAGAUACACAACUCCCUGAUGAUGUGCGUGAAGCUAUCCGCAAGGCACAGUAUGCCGCGAAGCCCCUCAGCGCCGUUGAUCUCACCGGCCUCCCUCACAGUGAUGAUACGGUCACUUUCAACCUCACACAAGCACACGAGCACGAGGAAAUGGAUGAAGAAGACGAGAUUCUUCCUGUAAUUGAAGUCGCCGGCGGCAGCGAAGUCGAGAUGCCCUCAUCGCCGCCCUGUGCACCUGACUCUGAGUCAUCACUACCUACACUUCCCUCAACUCCUUGUCCCUAUCAACACCACACGCAGCUUCAUGAGUCACUUCGUGAUAUCAUCAGGGGAAUAAGAACGGCACAAGAAGAUAGCCUUAUUGGCUAA